GGAUGUUUUCGUAGCUACUUCAGUUUGUGCAUCGGCCGCAGAGAGAUGAGUUCCAGUUCCCCGUGGACGAUUUUACUCUGUCUUUUCCUGAUCAGCAGCAAGGUGCUUGCUGAUCUUUCUGGUGAUGCCCAGACGCUGGAGAAGUGCCUGCGGGAGCUGAGCUCGCCGGAGAACAUCGCCGGCGACCUGCAGAAGCUGGAGCGGUAUCCGUCGUGGACGCACGAGGAGCUGCCCUGCCUGAUGCGCUGUUUGGCCAGGGAGAAGGGCUGGUUCGACACGGAGGCCAACAAGUGGAGGCUCAAGCGUCUGACCGACGAACUGGGCGCCGAUGUGUACAACUACUGCAGGUUCGAGCUGCGGCGCACAUCCUCGGAUGGCUGCAGUUUCGCCUACCGCGGACUCAGGUGUCUGAAGCAGGCGGAGAUGCAUGCCGGCACCAGCUUGAGCAGCCUGCUACAGUGUUCCCGCCAGUUGAACGCCACAAAUGUGGAGCUGUUGCAGUACAGUAAGCUGAAGGCCAAGGAGCCCAUUCCCUGCCUCUUCCAAUGCUUCGCCGAUGCCAUGGGCUUUUACGACUCCGCGGGCAACUGGCGACUGGCCAAUUGGCAACAGGCUUUUGGACCCAUCGGAAAUGAGGAUUCAUCCUCCGCUGCGGACUACAGUGGCUGCCGCCUAAGUGAGAAACAGCGACAAGAGGCGGGCGACAAGUGCUCGUGGAUGUAUCAGGAGUACAAGUGCUGGGAGCGAAUAAACGGAAACGAGCUAAUGGAGGAGAUGAAGGCUUCUGCUUAAGACCUUAGUGGUAUUAGUGUCCUGCAAGGCACUCUUCCAAACCAAAAAUUAAUUUAAACACGCCUAGGAUUUUUAUUCGAACCCAUAAGUUUAGGACAAUCUUUUAAAAUGAUCGAUUUAAUUAAAAUUAUUUAAACAAUUCUAAAA